UCCUUUCCGGCUGUGUCGUAAUUGUGUGGCUGGCCAAUGCCUGGGCGGGACCGCAGCGUUUGAACAGGCAGAAAACGGGGCUGGCGGGAGAGUGUCACAUGGACGAGUGAAGCCAGCAAUGAAGACCCAAAAAGAAUGUUCUUAAAGACAAACCCGCCAUUGGCGUUUGACUCUCCCAGCCGAGCGCUACAGUCCGUUCCUCUGCACCUGAUUGCACCCAAUAGACUGACUCCGCUAAAAGACUUGAAGAGACUGGCGCUGCAGCAGCGGGCCAAACCCAAUGCCCUCACAAGAGCCCUGCAGUCCACCCUGAUCAGAGAGGCCGGGCUGUCACCUGACUUUCCAAAUCUUAGCGUCAUUCAUGAGCACCUUGGAGGAGAGUCCACGGAGGCCUCCAGGGCAGGAAUACCUCUAAUGAAUGGUCAUGGACCCGUGAGCCCCAGGAGCAGUGCAUCCAGCUUGACCAGUGAGGAUUUUGGUGCCAGCAGAGGCCGGAGAAGCGUCCUGAAAGCCUUCAAUCCAGUUUAUUACUUUGAUCGGCCGGUUGACAACGCCGUCCUCUUAAAGAGAAUAGGACGUGGUGUCGAUAUCCUGAGGGCAAAGACUGGCAGCGCAGUCCAAGGUAGUCUGAGGUCACGAGAGAAGAUGACUGGUAAUGGGGGAGAUGCUGGAUCGGUGACGCCGGACUCCGGUGAGCUUACUCCCCUUUCUGCUGUGGUCUAUGAGCCACCUGACGAGCACCUACCUGCCACAUUUCCUGAAGAGCCUUUCGUUAACGGCUCCUCGCCAAACGCACAUAACGUCAACCGGGAUCUGAGGAACAAAGGAGACGAUGAAAUGUCUCAAGGUAACGGAAUAACGCCCGAAGGCGUCGGACCCACAGCUCCAGAGAGAACCCCCGAGAGCGCCUCAAAGCCGUCCGACACAGAGGGAGAGUUUGUGGAUCACUUUAAAGAACUGUGUGAACUUAUAAGUCGCUCCCAGCUGGUGCAGAUUCCCUGUAAGAAGGCGCCACGCGUCCCAGCUGCCAGCAGACCCGUGGAGGACCAUCCGAAAGAGGAGGAGAAGAUCACGCUAACAGAGUGGAUUGUGAAAAGUCUGGAGACCAAUGUAAUAUGCGUGGAGGGAAAGCGCGUGGACCUGACCGGCGUCUACUGGCACAGUAAUAGCAUUGCACACCGAAUCCAGCGCAACAAAGUGAGGACCAUCACGGGGCGAGUAUACGAACUAAGUGGGCGAGCGGACACCCUCACCAUGCAGGAAGCGGGGUAUCCGCCAUGGCUGAUACAGAAGUUUUCAAGGGGGUUUCCGGAGAAUUGGGAGAGUUACGUCAGAUAUUUCUCCAAGCCGUCGGUCAGGGAGCGAGAGACGAAAUCCAAGCCGACUGCUGAACCGCAGAAAACCAGCGAUGACGCAAACCAUCAAAGAGAAAGCAGAAACCUCGUGGCCAUAAGCUCUGAUACUGACCACGAGCGAGGACCUCUGAAGAGGAAGGUGGCCAGCAGGAAGACGGAAAUUGCGUUACUCAGGGAUGUGAACGCUCAACUCUCCAGAGUCAGCAGGCGAAGCACCCCUGCAGACAGAGCGCGGCUGAGCAACUCCUCUUGUGUGUCUACAACAAGCCGCAGCGGUCGUCAGAUAAAACCUGUCCUCAAGUAUUGGUGCGGGGAGCGGCUGUCCGUCGACUGUCUGAUGAGAACGUACGUUGUCAGAGAGGGAACAGACCAUUUGACCUCUCCAUUGGAGAGAGUUUUUCGGGGAUCAUCCAUUAAAAAAGGGAAAACUUCCAGCACGAGAAAUCUGCCAAAGGAGUCUCCUGAGAUUAAGAGGACAUCAGAGCCGGAAGCCGAACAAAACCAGUUAAAUGUGACGCCUCCGCCUACCCGUCUGAAAGGAAAUGAGAGGGACAGGAAAGUUCUUCUGAAGUCCCCUCGAGUGAAGCUCACCCCCAUGCAUAACAAACAAGACCUACAACUGAAGUGUUUCCAGAAUAACCUUCUUUAUAGUAGUCGGACAGAGACGUCUACAGAGAGCUCCAACAGUGGAACGGAUGAGGAGGAAAGCGGGCGCCGGGUCACUACAAGAAAAGGUUCAUCGGCUGCGGGAACCACGUCAGACAAGCGCGACAAUGGCGACGCCCUCGGCAAAGCAGAAAAGAUUUCUUUAUCUAUUAAACGGAAGCAGAGAGCGAUCCCUGAAGGAAAAGCUUUACUGACGGAGAAAUGUAGCCUCACUAGAUCUGCGAGCUACAGUGAUUGUCUGCAGAGCGCUGAAGAAAACAGUAGGGGGCAUCUUUCUCACCCUGCACAAUGUCAGAAAGCUCCUACAGCCUUAUCGGAGGCAGAAGAAGAUGAUUAUUCUGGAAAAAGCUCUGAAGAAAGGACCAGAAAUCAGAAAAUAUCAAAUCGGUCGUCUCGUCCUUCUCGACUGUCUAGUGAUUUGGAAGGAUCCUGUGGUUCAAAGGAAGAACGAGUUUUGAGGAAAGACACUAAGAAACCGAGCAGCAACGACAGAAAACUUCUGUCUAGUAACCCUGCAGUAUUGCACAGAAAACCUUCCUCUUCUGAUUUUGCAGAAUCCCAGGACUCUGAGCAGGAAAAUAUUUUGGACAAGAAAUCUAGAAUGACGCGGGCGGGCAUAAAGAAGCAAGCAUCUCGAUCUAAACAACCGCUAGCAGAAGAUGAAUACUCCGAGAAGGAAACCUUUCCUGGAAAGAAAUCUAAGACACAUGUCCAGAAAAAAAAAUUGCAAAUUCAGCCUAGUCAGAGUAAGACAAAUCCAAGUAAUUUAGAGGACUCUGAAGACUCACAAGAUGAGGCAGUUUCAAAAACAUUAACGAGUGUAAAAGUGGGAAAAACAACUUCUGAACUUUCUCCAGGAAAUAGAAAUCGGUCUUCCCGUUUGGCAAAGCAUGUAGUUUAUUCCAUGGCGUCUGCGGAUUCUGAUGCUGCUGAAAAGAACGCAGCAGUUUUGCGAAGGCACCCUAAGGCACCGGAUGACUUGUGGAAGACACAGGCGAUCUCUGUACCUAGGAGAAAACAGCCUCCUCGUUCCAAAAAAUCACAAAAACCUUUAGUGGACUCUUUAGAUUCUGAAUCUGAGACUAUCCCAAGAAAGGAUCCUAGGCAGUCAAAUAAUUUCCAGGAGAAACAAAGUCUCAAGAAAUCUCAAGAAGAAGAACCAGAAUCGAGAAAAGACUCCAGGGUGGGAGCUGAUACUCAAAAGAAACAAAUACAGGCUGGCGCCAUGGAAUCUCAAGAUUCAGAAGAGAAAUCAAGAUCAAGAAAGAACAUGAAGCAAGCAGAUAGUACUCAAAAGAGACAAAAGCCAGCAUCUCAUCUGGAGCAAAAACAGAUUGAUUCUGGGGACUCUGAAGAUUCAGAAGAGGAACCAGUAUCCAGAAAAGACUCCAGGAUGGCAGCUCAUACUCAAAAGAAACAAAUACAGGCUGGCGCCAUGGAAUCUCAAAAUUCAGAAGAGAAAUCAAGAUCAAGAAAGAACAUGAAGCAAGCAGAUAGUACUCAAAAGAGACAAAAGCCAGCAUCUCAUCUGGAGCAAAAACAGAUUGAUUCUGGGGACUCUGAAGAUUCAGAAGAGGAACCAGUAUCCAGAAAAGACUCCAGGAUGCCAGCUAAUACUCAAAAGAAACAAAUACAGGCUGGCGCCAUGGAAUCUCAAGGUUCAGAAGAGAAAUCAAGAUCAAGAAAGAACAUGAAGCAAGCAGAUAGUACUCAAAAGAGACAAAAGCCAGCAUCUCAUCUGGAGCAAAAACAGAUUGAUUCUGGGGACUCUGAAGAUUCAGAAGAGGAACCAGUAUCCAGAAAAGACUCCAGGAUGGCAGCUAAUACUCAAAAGAAACUAAUACAGUCUGGCGCCCUUGAAUCUCAAGAUUCAGAACAACCAGUAUCGGGGAGGAAUGCCAAGCAAAAAUAUAGUACUCAAAAGAAACAAAAGCCACCAUCUAGACUGGCACAAAAAAGGAUUGCUUCAGUAGAAUCUGACUGUUCAGAAGAGCCGACCAUAUCAAGAAAGGUUUCUAGUCGAAGGAUCGGUGCAAAAAAGAGACAAGCCCUUAGUGAACCUGCUCCAGAAAGACAACAACCUGCCAGUUCUGCAAAACAGAAGACUGAUUUAGCGGAAUCUCAAGAUUCAGAAUGGGAAGCCUCUUCAGGAAAAGGCUCCAGGCAAACUAGUGAUGUGAAAAAGCAACCACCUUCUGAUAUGGGCUUAUCUAGAAGAAAGGAGACAUCACGCUCCCAUCAAGAACCGCAGAGCGAUACUGAAGAGGAAGGAAAGCUGGGAAGUCCUCAGAAGAAGCCAACAGAAACCAGUCUGCCAAAUACUGGAAAGCAGACACUCGGUUUUAUGGCGUCUGAGGAUGAUACAUCUUCUGAUGAGGACAGUAGUUCAUGGAAGGAACUAAGUUUGCAUAGGUUUCCUAAAAGAGCUAUAGUUCACACUCCUGCCCCAACUAGAAGGAAGACUCCUUCAGCAAUCUACCAGGAGAGCAACUCGGAGAGAGUGCAAGGAAAAGCUCUUGGUUCUCAGAAGAAGCCAAAAGAGCUUAAACCAAAUGCAGUCAGAGGCUCGGGCGGAGGAUCUAAGGUCAGCGACGAUGAAGACUACAAGCCACAAGCAGGCCAAAAGAAACCGAAGAAGGCAAGCAAAAGCGGCAAACAUGCAGAGUCUCGAGAUGAUGAACAAAAGCACCCACAGAGAAACGGCUCUGCUGUAAAAUCAUCGGGGAGUCGGACGCCCCUUGAUCCGUUCUCGGCAAUAAUUCAUGAAGAAGAGUGGACAGAGAAGGAGGUGAAGAGACUGUACAAAGCUCUGUCCUCGCUGCCAAAGCACAAGAAAGGAUUCUGGUUGGAUGUCGCCAUGGCCGUGGGAAGCCGCUCCGCAGAACAGUGUCAGGAGAAGUACCUGGAGAAUCAGCAGACCAAGGCUACUAAGGCGCCCCCCAAGAAGAAAGUCAUCUCUAGCAAGAAAAAGAAGCAAACAAGUAACAGUAAGGAAAAGGAGGCCGUAAAAAUCACCGCCAAAGUGGGGACGCUGAAGCGGAAGCAGCAGAUGCGGGAAUUCCUGGAUCAGAUGCAGAAAGACGAUCACGACGACGUGUUCAGCGCUACCCCCUUCCAGAGCAAGAGAGUGAAGCAGGAGACGGGUGAAGGUAACGGCGGCCCACACCGGACUGACCCCCACUUCUGUGCAUCAGCAGGAGACGGGUGAAGGUAACGGCGGCCCCACACCGGACUGACCCCCCACUUCUGUGCAUCAGCAGGAGACGGGUGAAGGUAACGGCGGCCCCACACCGGACUGACCCCCCACUUCUGUGCAUCAACAGGAGACGGGUGAAGGUAACGGCGGCCCCACACCGGACUGACCCCCACUUCUGUGCAUCAGCAGGAGACGGGUGAAGGUAACGGCGGCCCACACCGGACUGACCCCCCACUUCUGUGCAUCAGCAGGAGACGGGUGAAGGGAACGGCGGCCCCACACCGGACUGACCCCCCACUUCUGUGCAUCAGCAGGAGACGGGUGAAGGUAACGGCGGCCCACACCGGACUGACCCCCACUUCUGUGCAUCAACAGGAGACGGGUGAAGGUAACGGCGGCCCCACACCGGACUGACCCCCACUUCUGUGCAUCAACAGGAGACGGGUGAAGGUAACGGCGGCCCCACACCGGACUGACCCCCACUUCUGUGCAUCAGCAGGAGACGGGUGAAGGUAACGGCGGCCCACACCGGACUGACCCCCACUUCUGUGCAUCAGCAGGAGACGGGUGAAGGUAACGGCGGCCCACACCGGACUGACCCCCACUUCUGUGCAUCAGCAGGAGACGGGUCGAAUUAAGGAACUUACCAUCUGAUCUCAGCCAUUAAAGGGUUAAUAACUUAGAUCAGUGGGGGGUCCGACUGCUGGGAUACCCCCAGCCACGAGAACGGGGUAUCCUUAAAUGAACAAAGCGGCAGGUCACGCAUGGGCACUGCCUCUCCAUUCCAGAGAUGGCGGGGUCCAGCUCUCUAUUUGUAUCCCGUAGAGAAGGAAUGGAGCAGCAGUGUGCACAAUCGACCCGACGCUCCAUUCAUUUCGUGGUAUGGGGGCACUCCGUCUUGUGAGCAGUAGGGGGUCAUGGCAGUCAGACCCCCACCGAUCUAAUGGUUAUCCCCUGUCCUGAGAUACCUUGAUGUAACCAGAAAACCUCUUAUGUUCGGUCCCGGUGAGCCAUGGUCUGUGUGUAAUGAAGUCCUGAGGACUGGAUGUCCAUUCCCAGUGGAGCCGCCCCAGUCACUGGGACAUAUGGGAAUACUCGCCUUCUGUAUCUCCCAUUCACGAUGUCUGAGGCUGAUCAGAUUUGCAGACUAGGGACCCAGGCACCCCGUCUGACCAGACAUUUGUGGCAUAUCCAGUUGAUAAGUUCUACAUCUGCCAUGGGAGACCCCCUUCAGUCGAUGAAUCUACAGGCAGACCCCCUCUGACCUGGUGCAGGUGAC